GUAUUAAAGAGAGGAGGCACACCUCUUUGCUGAAAAGCAGGACACACUUCAGAUCAUCUGAACACAAGAACAAGCCGUCCCUCUGCUUACAGUUCAGGAUAAAAAAAAUGAAGGCAGCAGUGUGUGUCGUCCUUCUCUUGUCAGUCCUGUACCAAGGAGAAGCUCUGAGAUGCAACUUCUGCUUCUCCAGUGAUGCAAACCUCUGCACCCCAACCAGCAUCCAGACUUGUAGCGGAAUAUCUAAUGCAUGUGGUGCUGUCAUACUCACCGGCCCACUGAACUAUUCCUUUCGUCAGUGCAUGAACAUGGCUGUGUGCCAGGGUUUCAUCACAACACCUGGUGCGUUUGCACAGUGCUGCAGCACCGACCUCUGCAACUGAACCUCCUCACCUGGAAUCACCUCUGAUGUCUGACUUCUGAGGUUCUCUGCUGGCUUAAUGGUGCUGCUGCAUCAGCUUUGAGCGGUUCUGCUGAUUGAAGCUGGAUGGCAGCAGAGCAUCA